GACGUUCCCGUGAACGCGGCCUCCUUGCUGGUGACCUACACUGACUCUUCAUGGGCCAACGCCGGGCUUCGUUUGGAGUGUUUGUGCUGCUGGCCCCACCACAAGCCACGGUGGUACGAACCAAGGCCACUGUUUUGGACUGGAAGUCUGGCAGAAGCACACGAGUGCAAGAGCACCCUGGCUGCUGAAGCUUCCGCAGCGGAUGAAGGAGCAGACCGCGCGGCUUUCGCCAACAUGUGUUUGUCCGAGCUGCUCUACGGCGAGGUCGCGUACAAGGUCGGUUGCAAGAUCGACGGAAGACACGUCUUGGAUGCCAAGAGCCUGUACGACUGCAUCGUGGCGGAGAAUCUCAACGAGUACAAGACUCGCGAGACCAUCUACCUCUCGGCUCUGGUCAAUCAGGAGGCCGAGAUGAGCCAACUAAGGGGUCUCGCCAGCGAGAUUCUCGGCGCUUUCGGCGACCAGUCGCUGGCCACAAAGCGAGGUGCGCUGGCAGAUUCCACUGCGAACAUGGAGGUGCUCAUGCUUCGGCAGCAGGCGCGGGCGAAGGAGCAUCGACUCAACCAGCUGAAAGAUGAUGUGGAGGCCAACCGCUUUGAUCAGAGCAACGCGGACGGGAAGGCCUUGAUGCAGAAGUGCAAGGCGCUCCUAAGCGAAAAUCGGGAGCUCGGCGAGUUGAUGCGAGAGGAGCGCUUGGCGGACCUUCGCGUGGCCUUGCAGAACGAGCAGAGGAAAAAUGCGGAGCUCCAGCAGAAGUGCGAGGAGGCCGUCGAGUUCUGCAAAGAGCUCGGCCAGGACAGUGAGAAGCUGCAGGCGAGCAUGGCGAAAGUUGCUGGCGAUCUGCUGCAGGCCAAGAACGAGCUCGAAAUGCUCAGAAGACAACGCCACGAAGCGCGCGUGCACCGUAAACAGGCCAAGCUCCAGCGGCAGCAAGCGGAGCGCUUGGCAGCAGAGGUUCAGUCGGACUUGGCGGGAGUGGAGAUUCCCGGUGGGAUCGUGGCACCCGUGGAGGUUGUCGACGACGAUGAGGAGCCUCUACGGCAUCCGCCUGUUCGAGAAAAGGAGGGCGGGGAGAAGGAGAAGAAAUCCAAGAAGAGAAAGGCUCGCCCCGUCCUUUCGGGUCCAAGCAAGAUCGCGUCUGAUGAGGGGGGCUCUUGGGGUUUCGCGAGUGGCGCGGCCCGAUUUGCAGAGAUAUUCCAUGCCGCCGUGCGCACUCAGAUGCCGCUAAGCGAUGCUGCGGCCACUGUCUACACGGUGCUCGUUUGCAUCUUGCAUGCCGGAUGCCUCGGCCGCGGUUUCUAUCUGGCGCUGACAAACUGGCGGCAAGUUUGCAGAGUAAUUCAGAGGACCUUCGCCGAACUGCAUUGCGCUCGAUUUCACUUGGAGGAGAAGUUUUUCAUGGAAACGAAAGCAACUGAGCUGCGGCUGCGUGUGGCGCAGAUAUACACUCACUUGCUUCUGCUGGUUAGUGGACCCUUCAUUGCUUGGACCAUAUGGGUCCCAUGGCAGGGUCAGACAAUGAUGACCGAUGCUUUGCGCUGGGCCAUCUUAACUUUUUUUGCAGCCUCAACUUUACACUUUAUGAGGCCAGGCGUCCUCUCCACAAGCACUGCAAGUGCCUGCUAUCUGGGAGGGAUGGGGAUGGGCCUCGUGGUCAUCUAUGCAGCCAUGGAUGAACUCCGGUCACGCGAGUCUGCAGCUGCCGCAGACGUGCAUGAAGCGGCCAUUGUGCCUCUGAUCUUUGCUUUCUUCUUCCGGGUGUGGGACCAAGAUUGGGCUUUCACGCCUAGGCGGCUUGUUUUCCUUUUGGUUCCUGUCGUCCCUCCCCCACCGUCCUUGAGAGAGUGGCUUUGUCUUUUCACCUUUGCAGUGGCCUUUGUCCUGCAAGUCGCCCUCAUGAAGGCUGUGGAAAGGGAGAUGAGCUUCAGCGAGGCAGCCACAGACCUCCAAGCCGCCACAGCUCUCCUGCAGCUGACUUGCGACGCAGUGAUAGAGCUCGAUGCGACCCUUCGCCUGGUGGAACACUCCGACGACUUAGCAGCGAUCCUGCUCCGUCCCGGACUGUCGCUGGUAGGCACGAAAUUUGAAGACUUGCUGGCAGGCCCUGAGGAGCGGCGAGCAGCACUCCAGCUACUGCGCCAACCUCGCACCUCGGGCGUGUCGUCAAGUAUUGUGGCGCAAGCCUUUCGGACGCGCCUCGUGGACAGCUGCGCUAGCAAGUUCAGCUGUGAAUCCUUUCACGUGAAGUACCAAAAGCCAGAUGGCAAGACGUGCCACCUUAUCGGUUUGCGGGAUGUCACCGACCAAGAGUCACUGGCAAGGCCGCCAACAAAUCCACAAGACGUGAGAGAGGUGGACCAUGCAGGCAAGUCCAGCAAAGCCAGCGAGCAACCUCCGGACAAGACGCCGCAGAGAGCAGUGACCACUCGCCUGAACCCAGUGACAAAGUUGUACAUGUGCAG